AUGUUUUCCGGCGACGUUCUGAAGCCAGCGCAUGAUGGCGCCAGCCUGCCCAACGUCGACCUGGAAAAGGAUUCGAACCAGUCUCCAGUGAUUUCGACAGAAGACGAGGACGAAGUACCUCCCCUUAGGGGGCUUUCUCUUCUCGACAGAUUUCUCGUGGUAUGGAUUCUCCUGGCCAUGGCCAUCGGCAUCAUUCUGGGCAAUUUCGUUCCUUCUACUGGCCCGUCGCUGCAAAGAGGAGAAUUCGUGGGAGUCAGCAUUCCUAUUGCCAUUGGUUUACUAGUAAUGAUGUACCCCAUCUUAUGCAAAGUGCGCUACGAAUCUUUACAUCUACUGCUCAGCAGCCGCGGCAUAUGGAUACAGAUUGCUGUCUCUUUCGUCCUCAACUGGAUCAUCGCCCCUCUGUUCAUGGUCGCGCUUGCAUGGGCGUUCCUACCAGAUCGCCAGGAUUUGCGCGAAGGCUUGAUUUUCGUGGGCAUCGCUCGCUGCAUCGCCAUGGUCCUUAUAUGGAAUGAACUUGCCAAGGGAGAUCCAGACUACUGUGCCGUCCUUGUGGCGUUUAACUCGAUUCUUCAGAUCGUUUUGUACGCACCAUUCGCGGUGUUCUACAUUAAAGUGGUCAGCCAUUCGCAUAAUUCCUUGGUGGUGAGCUAUAGCAGAGUAGCUACCAGUGUUGCAGUCUUCCUUGGUAUACCUCUUGGUGCUGCUAUCCUCACAAGAUUCACCCUUCGUCCGAUGCUCGGAAGUGAUAAUUACCAACGUCGAUUUAUCCGAUACAUCAGUCCUCUAUCACUCAUCGGUCUGAUCUAUACAAUCAUCGUCUUAUUUGCCUCUCAAGGUGCCCAUGUCGUGAACCAGAUCACGUCGGUGCUCCGUGUCUGUGCGCCGCUGGUGGUCUACUUUUUCAUCAUAUUUGCAUCCACUGUGCUUUUAUGUUGGAAACUAGGGUUUGGUUAUCGAACAAGUUGUACUCAGAGUUUUACUGCUGCAAGCAAUAACUUCGAGUUGGCCAUCGCGGUCGUAGUGGCCGUUUACGGAGCAAACAGUGGACAAGCAUUGGCAUCCACCGUAGGUCCACUUAUUGAGGUUCCAGUGUUGCUUGCCCUAGUAUAUGUCUUGAAGUGGGUCAAGCAACGGUGGGGAUGGACAGGAUGA